CUGGGAGACACUUUCCAUCGCCAAAAGAUACGGAGAAUCAACGAACUGAACGUCCACUUCCUCUGAGGCCCCAGACAACAUUCACCAACCGAGCAACAAUACGCCAUGCUCCUCCCCAUAUCCCUCUCCCUCUCCCUCCUCCUCACCCUCGCCAACUCGCAAACCACAUCAUCAUGGGGCGAACCCUUCACGGUCGACGGUCCAAGUUCCGUGCCACCUGCCACCGCACCGACAUUGCAAGAUUCCGUCACUCCAACCGUUGUACCCCCUUCUCCUUCUCCUUCCGGCGGAUCGAGUGGUGUUAGUAGCAGUGAGGCCGUGUCCUCAACCCCUGUGGUGACAUCGGGAACGGUGUCGGUGUCGUUGCAGGUCAAUUCAACGACAACGGCGGGAGUGACGGGUAACGCGACUUCGACGUUCUCCAUCUCCAUACCGAGUGAGAGUCCCGGG